CUGAAGAGCAGGAAGUCAGAUCAAAGCGAGCGAGGACCAAAUGAGAGGAGAACAGAAACUCUAAAGUUAAGUAGUCACGUAUAGACACUGCCCUACAACAUCAGAUUUUCUUUUAACUUGGACAAGAUGUUUAACAAUUCUGACAGUGAUGACAGCGAUGAGACCAAUUACCGCCGCAAGCCAUUUAUCUCGAUGUUUAACAAUUCUGACAGUGAUGACAGCGAUGAGACCAAUUACCGCCGCAAGCCAUUUAUCUCGAAAAAGCAGACUGCCAGAAACAAUGAAUCUGGGGAGACGUCACAAGCUUGUGACAAUGCUCAGACACACAGAACAGCCAAAAACAAGCCUAAUAUACCACCCAACAAAAAAUGGAAGCCGAUGGACCUUCUGAGCCCCUUGCAACAGAGUCCUAAAAAGCAGAAUGCCAGAAACAAUGAAUCUGGGGAGACGUCACAAGCUAGUGACAAUGCUCAGAAAACGACGGCUCAUUCAAUUAAGAAAGAAGCUGAAGAGGAACCCUCAAAAGAUCUGCAGCAGGAAGCCGAAGAGAAAAAACAUUCUUUCCGGUUUUGUCUAAACUCUGAGAUAUAUUCAGUGGCGUGUAAAACAUCCAUGACUGUGCUUGAGGCUCUUAAUACAAGCAAAAUGUUCAGGAACAAGAAAAACAAAAAUAAGAACAUACAGAAAGAAAUACUCAUCCAAAGAUCCAAAGGAGAAGUUCCUAGAGCUGCUGUGAAGACUGAUUUCCCCUGCUGUCUUAUUGAAAAAGAUGAGAUCUUAGAUAUAACCUUCAUCCAAAAGGAUGAAAAUGGUUCUAUAAAUCAACAAACAACUGCAGAUCCUUCACUCCUCAGUAAAAGAAGUAAACCUGAAGCAUUAGUCACCUUUUGGGUUAAGAAAGACGGAGGACCAUCAGUAAAAUAUUUACUGAAGAGCAAAGCUUUGAGGAAUAGGGUUUGUUAUGUUUGUGUGUUUGCAUUCAAAGGAGAGAAAGUCAAAACUGCUCUUAAACGUGAUGGACGGUUCAAAGAUGUCAUUUUCAGGAAAGAAUGUGGACUUUCUGAGUUUGGUAUGGACACAAUACAUGAAUCGUCAAUACCUGUGGAGGAUCUUGACAGAAAGUCUUUCCAGAUAGUUGUCAUCAGUGACAACAAUCUGCCAGACAGUCAGGAUGAUGAGACUCAUGUCAAAACUGAGCCUAAUGUAGCUUCAGAUUCUGAUGUGGCAGAAAAGGCCGGCCCAAGCCAGAAUCCCAUCAACAUUAAGCAAGAAAAAAAAGAUGGAAGCACAACAAAGUCAACCAAUCCCUCAGCUAAGCAGUAUGCAGCUAAACCCAUAGACAAAUCUGAAGAGAUUCUGGGAAUUCUGCGUUCCCAGUUUAAAGAUUUAGUGGAGACUGUAAAGCAGCGAGAGAACCUAAAGAACAAUUCUCAGGUCCAAACGUUCUUCAGAGCAGAAUAUGGUAAAAGUGUUGAGAAUUUCUUGGAGGUGAAGAAAGUGAAGAAGCUCAUGAAACACUCUGACUCUGUGUGUCAGAUUCGAGUUGGGGGGUCCGCCAUUGGAACUGGCUUCUUACUCUUCGACAGAUUCAUCCUCACUAAUGCUCAUGUUAUUGGGAUCUCGAAUGACCAAUUGAGAGUUAACUUUGCAGAGUACACCGCUGUAUUUGAUUAUGAAGACCUGGAUUCACAGAUCAAGCGCAUAACAGUUAAACAUCUCACAGCUUACUUUUAUGGGAAGGAUGAGAGUGGAAGGCAUCUUGACUAUGCUCUUCUUGAGUUGGAUGAAGUUGAUGAAAUUGCAGACUGUCCUGAAUUGCUCAGUUGUUACAGUCCAAACAUUCCUAAUGACAGAGUUCAGAUCUGCAUUGUGGGACAUCCAGGAGAAGGGGUCAAGAAAAUGGACCCGUGCAUCAUCAUUGAGAGAGAGAAACUACAAGAGGCUGUAGAUAAACACAACUCUGAGAAUGCCAAUUUCAUUCAUGUGAUGAAACAACAGUCUUUGGCUGAGAAAUGGGAACCACAUGACAACCAGAUCCAUUAUGACUCUUGUUUCUUUCAUGGAUCUUCUGGCUCUCCAGUUUUUGAUGUAGACUGCAAACUGAUUGGUGUGCACACUGGUGGCUAUGUGUACAAAAGAGAAAAAACUAAAACUUGGAGCAUUAUGGAAUAUGCCUAUUCCCUGCAGCCCAUCCUGGAUCACAUAAAAGCACAGGCUAAGAUAAAAGGUUUGCAUUAUAUUGUCAGUAUCUUAGAGCCCUACACCAAUAAAAGCAACAUGAUUGGAGCUGCAGAGCAAGAGAAUCAGACUGACAUUGAGAUGCGCAGUGCAGAGUCUGAAGAGUCUUGAAUGGAUCUGUCCACACGUCUAUGCUGUUUCUGUUUUGUUUUUUUGGGGAAGGACUGCAAAAUCUUCCAGUCUGAGAAACAUAAUUUUAGAUUAAAGAUUUUCAUUCUCAUUAUAGGGUUUCACUUUUCAUAUAAUUUUUUAGAGAUGAUUGUGUGUUUAACAGUAGAAGUUGCACUCCGUUUCCAUAAUUUUUGACAAAUGUCAAGUCAUGUAUCUCACCUGUGGCUGUGGGUGUUUGUGGACCUGACAUGUGCAAAGACAGCAGCUAAUGGACAUUAUUUAUUUUGCAGAGACAAAAGAUACAGUUUUUUUUGCUCAUUGUUCAUUCACAGUUCAUUUAUUUUAUUUUAUUUACAUUGUUAUUCAUAUAUACUUGUGUAUUAAGAUACAUUCAUUAACAUCAGUUUUUUUUGGUAAUGUUUUUACUUUACAUUUGUGUUGAGGUUUUAUGCUGAUUUUACAUUGAUUUAUCUGAAUUUUGCUUUUGUUGUAAGCGAUCAUGUUCAGUCAUCCACAUCAGUCAUCUCUGAAUCACAAAUUAAUCAAUUUGACAGAAUCACUGUAAUAUGAGACAAGAAUACACAGCUACCAUCAAAUGUGUAUCUCCACUACAGUAAAUACAUUUAGAACAUUUAGAGUUUGUUAAAGGGUAAUUUCAGCAGAUCACUGUUCUUCAUGCUUUCAUGAUGAAUUUAGCAUUAGAAUGUACCUUGUGUGAUUCAUGUGUUGGUGUGUGUUGAUCAUGUCGAGAAGCUUUGAGGAUCUUCAGUUUGUUGGGUCUGGAAAAUUCUGUGAAUGUCCUAUAAAGAAGACAUAUAAUCACAAUUAAU